UUACACUAAACUUUAAUAAUAUUAAUUAAUGAAUGCAGAAUAAUGAAUAAAGAAUUUACCAUUGUCGUUGGUGGUUAACAUUGCACUUUUGACUAUAAAUCUAUGCUUUUGACAUGGACAUGACAUGAGAAUGAGAGAAGAUCAAACUGUCAAAUCUCAAAACUUAACCUCACUAAAAUUCCUCAAUCAUAAUGUUAUCAACAAGUUUAAUAUUAAAAAAUACGAUUAAACCUAGAAUAGUUUCAUGUAAUUUUCAUGUAACAAGCCAAAAUAAUGAAAUUCAGAAAAUGACCCGGCUGCGAGUGGUAGACAAUAGUGAAAUUGGUAAGCAAGCCAUGGCUGAAGGAAAACCUCCAAAAUGUAUUCAUGUGUAUAACAAAACUGGAGUAGGAAGAAUAGGAGAUAGAGUAUUAGUUGCUAUAAAAGGUGAAAAGAAGAAGGGGAUCUUAGUGGGAUUGAAACAAAAUCAAAAAUCCAAAGUACCUAAAUUCGAUAGCAAUAAUCUAGUUCUAAUAGAUGACAAUGGCUCUCCAUUGGGAACUAGAAUACAUGCACCAAUACCAACAAUCCUUAGGACAAUUUUGAAAGAGAAAACACAUGCCAAAGGUGCUGAUUAUACAAAAUUGUUGGGAAUCGCUUCAAAAUUUACUUAGUAAUAACUGGUAAAUUAGAUUUUGUAUAAAUUAAAUAUAGGUGUAACAUAAAUUAUGAAA